AUGAAUAAUUUCGCGAUAUUCAAGAUGUGCAAAUCAGCUGGUCUUUCCUUCCUUCUUUUAUGGAUUGCGUUGUUGAAUAAUAUUAGCAUUCCACAUGGUAAUGCAGCGCUGAAGUCAAAUGUGGAUGUAUUCGCAAGACAAUUAUCGACGCUAUCGGAAAUCGUGAAUCAUUAUUGUCCAAAAACUCAACUACAGGGUAGCAAUAAUAAAAAUCCCGCAGUCCAGAAAUAUGUUUCUGAAAUAUAUUCAGAAUUAAAGGAUUUAAAAUUAAUAAAACGUUGUCUCAAUAUAACAUUCAUGCUUAGAGAUGAUAUAAGUACUGAUCUUAGCAGAUAUAAUUCGUUUCUUACCCUAUUAUAUAAUGAUAUGGAAAGAAAAUUAUCAAACAGCCUAAAUUCAAUGGCCACCAAAUAUGGGUUUCCAAAAAAAGAUAAAGAAAAAUUGUGGAAAGAAUGCAAAGAAGGAAUUAAAAAAGAAUUUAAAGAAGUAAACGAUUAUUACAAAAGUAUUUGUAAGGAUUAUGAGAAUACUUUGAUAAUACCGGUUUUUCUUUUUAACAAAAAAUUGGAUAAAUAUAUUAAAUUGUGGAAAGAAGUUGCAUAUCGAAAUGAAAAAAAAUGGAAUGACACUUUUGAAAAGAAAAUAAGUAAAGGUAAACCCUAA